AUGAUGGAGGCAAUUGCAAAUGGUUGGUUUAGUGAACUGCAAAAUGAUUUGUGGCCAGGGCAGGCGUUUUCCUUAAAAAUAAAUAAAAUUAUUCAUGAGGAAAAAUCUAAAUAUCAGGAUAUUAAAGUAAUAGAAACGUCAACGUAUGGAACUUGCCUCGUUUUAGAUGGAAUAAUUCAAUGUACAACGCGUGAUGAAUUUUCCUACCAAGAAAUGAUAUCAUUUCUUCCAUUGAAUAGUCAUCCGAAUCCCAGGAAAGUGCUUAUCGUUGGAGGAGGUGAUGGCGGUGUUGCGCGAGAAGUAGCAAAACAUCCUUUAGUAGAAGAAAUUCAUCAAGUUGAAAUUGAUGAAAGAGUAGUAGAGCUGUCAAAAAAAUAUUUGCCAAAUAUGGCUUGUGGAUUUCAGAGCCCUAAACUUAAGCUUACUAUUGGAGAUGGUUUUGCAUUUAUGAAAACCCACGAGAAUGAAUUUGAUGUAAUAAUAACGGACAGUUCAGAUCCAGUUGGUCCUGCGGUAUCGCUAUUUCAAGAGAAUUACUAUCAACUCAUGAAAAAGUCUCUGCGGCCAGGUGGUAUUGUAUGUUCUCAAGGAGGCACUUAUUGGCUGGAUUGUGAGCAUGUGAAAAAUACGGUGAAUAGUUGCAAAAAGCAUUUUCCAACUGUAGCUUAUGCCCACACAACUGUUCCAUCUUAUCCAUGUGGCCACAUCGGCUUCGUUAUUGGGUGUGCUGAUUCUAAUAGAGAUUUAAAAACACCAAUAAAAAAGUUUAGUAAGACCGAAUUGGAUGAUAUGAAAUUAAAAUAUUAUUCCAGUGAUAUACAUUCCGCAGCAUUUGCAUUACCUCGAUGGGUAGAAAAAUCUUUUUUAUCAAUUUAAAGGUUUUAUUAAUAUAAAUCCAGAGUUUUAUAUUGUAUUUUUUUUUAAAUACAUAAAUAUUGUGUGAAGAA